UCAGAUCAGUAACCAGCAUCUAAUUCACACUCUGCUAUGAAAUUCUGAAGAAAACUUUGGACUCCUCAUGAUCAAUCCCUUAUGACUAACUCGGUGACAACUUUCAAUUGUGUAGUCAUUAAACUCCGGAGAUUGUUAAGGAACAAAUAGCAACAAUAUUUGUGAUGAAGGUGGUAUACUUCUUGGCACCAUGUAGCAUAGACAUCUUAAACAUAUGCUGUUGUUAAAGGGGUUUCCCCAAAAUUAAAAGUUAUUAUCUAUCCACAGGACAGCUGAUGGUUGGGGAUCAGUCACGACCAUGAGAAUGAAGGCCCCUUGUCCUCCGGAUGAAUGGAGCACCAGCAUUUAUAUUCAACAGAUUCAUCUCCAACUAUAUCGGUUUCUGAAAGGCGGCAACUUGUGAAUGCUGGAAACACAUUUAGGGUGUCUUGUACAGAUUCUGCUCCAUUAGGAUGGUAUUACCAAAAGCUGGGGCAUGGUAAGAAGCCGAGGCUUGUUCCCCAGUCACAACUGCAACAAAUAGAAGGUGGAGUUGCCCUCGUAAUCUCAAAGGCAGAACGCAGACAUACCGGGAAAUAUAUGUGCAUCAAUAGAGGGGCCACUCUUUCAGAUAAUCACGCCUUCUAUCUCUUUGUUAAAGAUUUAAGCAACCCAUUCCUUGACGUACCGGGAUAUUAUGAUGUGAAAGAAGGUGGAGACAUUUCUGGCAUCUGUUUUCUGUCAGACUCAGAUGUGACAGAUUAUUCUAUUAGAAAAUGUGACAAAUCUCCCCUGCCCAAAGGUUUUGUCUAUGAGAGUGAUAUCGAGAACGGCAUUCACUUAAAAAACGUGCAGACCAUUUUCGCUGGUUGCUAUAUGUGUUCUGUGAAUCAGACUGGAGUUGUUAAGACCUCCCAGGAGUUCAGACUGGUGGUGACUCCAGUUCAAAAAAGAAAACCAUUGGUUUCACUAACAAAAUCCAGGCUGGUUGUGAAGGCAGGGGAAGCCUUUGAGGUGACCUGUGUGGUGAGGGAUGUUAACACUGUGGAGGUCAACUGGAUAGAUGCACCAACCAUGACAACCACUACAAAGAGCAAGUACCUCUCCGAUACAGUGUUUGAACGCAACAACACGCUAAGCAGCCGCGCGGUUCAGCUCAAUGAUUCUGGAAUAUACACAUGUCAAGCCAGGAACAGUUUUGGCGUUGAGAAUGCGACGUUCUUAUUAGAUGUUCUUGAAACUGGAUUCAUCAGUCUGACUGUGAUGGACAACACCACGCUUGGCCUGUCUGUAAAUGCCGGCGAUAACAUUAUACUGCAGGUCUAUAUUGACGCGUAUCCUCGACCAUAUGAAGAGUUCUGGACUUUUAUGAACGAGACUGUUCUCAACACCUCCGACCAUCUUGUACAGUCCCGAGAUGAAGGCAACAAUAGAUAUGUUAGUGAGCUACAUCUAAUCCGUCUCAAAGGGAAUGAGAGAGGAAUCUAUACAUUUUAUGCUUCGAAUUCUGAUGCCAACACAUCCUUCAGCUUCAACAUAUCAGUGAAGACAAAACCAGAAAUCCUCAUAGUUGAAAGACUUAGUAAUGAUAUGCUACAGUGUGUGGCAACGGGAUUCCCUGUGCCGUCCAUUGACUGGUUAUUCUGUCCGGGAUCCGAAUCCAGGUGUGUAGAUUCUCCAAUCAUAAUGCCAAUUGACACAAAACAGAGCAUGGAAAACUCCUCUCUUGGGCGUACGGUUGUAGAAAGUAUCAUUGAUGUGAGUUCUAUAAAGGAGAAAAACGGCACCGUACACUGCAUCGCGUACAAUGAUGUGGAGAGGAUCACGUCUAUUUUCAGUUUUGCUGUACGAGAUGGAAAUUCCCUGUUUACCCCCUUACUAAUCGGAUUUAUAGUAGCAGCCGCUGUAUUGGGCGUCUCCAUGGUGAUCCUCAUGUACAAAUACUUGCAGAAACCAAAGUAUGAAAUUCAGUGGAAAGUAGUAGAAGAAAUCAAUGGAAAUAACUAUGUGUAUAUUGAUCCUACACAACUUCCUUAUGACAACAAGUGGGAGUUCCCUAGAGAUAGGCUGUGCUUUGGGAAGAUUCUGGGUGCUGGUGCUUUUGGUAAAGUGGUUGAAGCUACAGCAUACGGCUUAGUGAAGGAAGACAAUGCAAUCACGGUUGCUGUUAAAAUGCUGAAACCAAGCGCCCAUGCAACGGAGAGGGAAGCCCUAAUGUCUGAGCUGAAGGUCUUGAGCUAUCUAGGCCAUCACAAAAACAUAGUAAAUCUUCUAGGAGCCUGCACUGUGGGAGGUCCGACUCUUGUCAUCACUGAAUAUUGUUGCUAUGGAGAUCUUCUAAAUUAUCUACGGAGAAAACGGGAUUCCUUUAUCUGCCAAAAGUUUGAUGACCUUUCAGAAAGUGCCCUUUACAAGAACCUCCUUAACUCUAGAGAACAUGUUUGUGAAGGAUUGAGUGAGUACAUGGAUAUGAAGCCAGGAGUGUCUUACGUGGUGCCAACCAAGGCAGACAAAAGAAAAUCAGGUUCCUAUGUUGAUCAGGAUGUCACCAUCGCAAUGCCUGAAGAGGAUGAUUUAGCCUUAGAUACAGAAGAUCUGAUUAGUUUUUCAUAUCAAGUUGCACAGGGCAUGAACUUCCUGGCGUCUAAAAAUUGCAUUCACCGAGACCUUGCGGCAAGAAAUAUCCUCCUCACUCAUGGUCGGAUUACAAAAAUCUGUGACUUUGGCCUUGCAAGAGAUAUCAAGAAUGAUUCGAAUUAUGUGGUUAAAGGAAAUGCUCGUCUUCCAGUGAAGUGGAUGGCACCGGAAAGUAUUUUCCAUUGUGUGUACACAUUUGAAAGUGACGUCUGGUCUUAUGGGAUCCUGCUUUGGGAGAUCUUUUCACUUGGAAGCAGCCCAUACCCUCGGAUACCGGUGGACUCCAAGUUCUACAAAAUGAUAAAGGAUGGUUACCGCAUGCUGAGUCCAGAAUGUGCACCAGCCGAGCUUUAUGAUAUAAUGAAGAGUUGUUGGAACGCCGACCCAGUGAAGAGACCUACCUUUAAACAAAUUGUACAGAUGGUGGAGCAGCAGCUUUCAGACACCAAAGGGCAUAAAAUUGCAAAUGCUUCUCCUGUAUGUCCGAACCAUACUCCUGUGGAUCAUUCAGUAAGGAUCAAUUCAGUGGGGAGCAGCACAUCUUCUACUCAACCCCUACUGGCAAACAGAGAACGCUGAACACCCCUUCAUGUCACCUCUCGCUGCUUGUGGAUUUUACCUUCACAUACAUUUCCAUUUGUUACAACAUUGCCACAAUCCUGCUGAGCUGCUGAAUUUUAGGACAGAGUGUUCUGCGACAGUGGUGAUGAUCGAAAACAUUGGCUCGGUCUACUGGGACCCAUGUAAUUCCUGAAGAGAUAUUGACUUCUAUCUUUAUUCAGACAUAAUGUCCCUUGUCUCCUUGUGAACACUAUAGAGAGACAAUCUACCAUGUUAAUGCCAGGCUUAAUGCUCAGUGACCUGUGACGGACUUUGGAUGAAGACUUAAGUUCCCGGAUUCGAGUCUACUGAGAUCCUUGCUCUGAGAACUUUGGAAGAGACUUAAAAAGGUUGUUAUUGAAUUGUAGCAUUAGAAACCCUCACAAUUGCUAUGAUGUCUUGCAGCUGCAAAACGAAUGCAAAGCCAGAAUCCUGUCGAACCGCUUCUGCUGUGUGACUGGACAUGCCUAUGUCUCCAGUGUCUUGCUACUGAUUCCUUUCUCCUAUACACUCGUAUUUCAUGCAGAUAUUUAUUGACCAUUCCCGUGCACUUAUUCACAUUGAUAGAAACAGCAAAUAUAGUUAUCCGAGUUAAAUUAUUUUGGAUAUUUUGGAUAUAUAACGUUCAUCUUUAGUACCAGAGUGAUGCCUUGCCUUGUGUAGAUACUGAGCGGGUCAAAGCACAAACUACUGAUUGACAUAUUGCAGAACUACAAGUACCAUAAUGCUAGGGCUGGGCGGUAUGACCAAAUAUGUGCAUCACGGUAUUUUUUUUAACUUACGGCGGUUCCACGAUAUAUAACGGUAUUUUCACCCCCCCCACCAAAUCAUGUGACCCGCCAGCGCUGUUUCCCCGCCCCAUCCUGUGACCCGCGUGCGGUGUUCGGCUC